UUCUCAAGAUGCUGUGAGAGGGUCCGGCUCCUCCGCCAAGUGCAGCAUCUGCAACCCAGUGAAGUGCCAGCUGUCAUCGGCUUGCACAGAAAGGAGGGGGCUGGUGUCUUCGUUUUCUACGCUGUGAAAGAAAAACCUUUGGAAAUAAGAAAACCAAGGGCCAUGGCCGCUAAUUCAGCGACUGUGCGGAUCCUGAUUAAAGGCGGGAAGGUGGUGAACGACGACUUCACCCAGGAGGCGGACGUGUACAUUGAAAAUGGGAUUAUCCAGCAGGUGGGGCGUGAGCUCAUGAUCCCUGGAGGUGCCAAGGUCAUCGAUGCGACCGGCAAGCUGGUCAUCCCGGGGGGCAUCGACACCAGCACCCACUUUCACCAGACCUUUAUGAACGCCACUUCCGUGGACGACUUUUACAACGGGACUAAGGCUGCUCUUGUGGGAGGAACAACGAUGAUAAUCGGCCAUGUCUUACCAGACAAAGACACUUCUCUGCUGGAGGCGUACGACAAAUGCCGAGCCCUUGCUGACCCCAAGGCCUGCUGUGACUAUGCACUUCACAUGGGGGUCACUUGGUGGAGCCCGAAGGUGAGGUCUGAAAUGGAGACGCUGGUGAGAGACAAGGGAGUGAACUCAUUCCAGAUGUUCAUGACAUACAAAGACCUGUACAUGCUGAGAGACAGUGAACUGUACCAGGUCUUUUAUACCUGCAAGGACAUCGGUGCUGUGGCACGUGUCCAUGCCGAAAAUGGAGAGCUUGUGGCUGAGGGGGCCAAAGAGGCGCUGGACCUGGGCAUCAGCGGGCCUGAGGGCAUCGAGAUCAGCAGACCUGAGGAGCUAGAGGCAGAGGCCACUCAUCGUGCCAUUACCAUUGCUAACAGAGCUCAUUGUCCCAUCUAUCUGGUCAAUGUGUCCAGCAUGUCUGCAGGGGAUGUCGUAGCCACUGCGAAGAUGCAGGGCAAGGUAGUCCAUGCGGAGACGACCGUAGCUCACGCCGUCUUGAAUGGACUGCACUACUACCACCAGGACUGGUCGCACGCUGCUGCCUAUGUUACUGUGCCUCCCCUCCGACUGGACCCCAACACUCCCAACUACCUGAUGAGCCUGCUGGGAAAUGACACUAUCAAUGUUGUGGCCUCAGACCACCGUCCUUUCACGACCAAGCAAAAGGCAAUGGGCAAGGAGGACUUCACUAAAAUUCCCCAUGGUGUCAGUGGUGUCCAGGACCGGAUGAGUGUCAUCUGGGAGAGAGGAGUUGUUGGAGGGAAGAUGGAUGAGAACCGUUUUGUAGCGGUAACAAGUUCCAAUGCUGCCAAGAUCUACAACCUAUAUCCGAGGAAGGGCCGGAUCAUCCCAGGGGCUGACGCAGAUGUGGUGGUGUGGGAUCCGGAUGCCACACGGACUAUCUCGGUGAGCACUCAGGUGCAAGGAGGAGACAUCAACCUGUACGAGAACAUGCGCUGCCACGGAGUUCCACUGGUCACCAUCAGCCGCGGCAGGGUGGUCUGUGAGAACGGUGCGUUCAUGUGCGCCGAGGGAACUGGCAAGUUCUACCCACUGAGGACCUUCCCCGACUUCCUGUACAAGAAAAUGGUGCAGAGGGACAAGCGCCAGGUCCUGAAAGGAGUGGACCGCACUCCCUACGUGGGUGAUGUAGCGGUGGUCCACAACUCGGGGAAGAAGGAGAUGGGACCACCCGAUGCUGACACCCCCACCAGGCCAACCACACGACAUGGAGGCAUGAGGGACCUGCAUGAAUCUAGCUUCAGUCUGUCUGGAGCCCAAGUUGAUGAUCAUGUUCCAAAGAGAUCUUCAGCCAGAAUUUUGGCUCCCCCUGGUGGCAGAUCCAGUGGCAUUUGGUAACCAUGGGAACAUCCAUCUCAGGACCAAACACAGCAACGGUUGAACAUCAUCACUCCUGGGCCACAACACUGAAAUCAGCUUCAGAAAAUUAAAGAUGAACCAAGAAUACUGCACUGAUUUUGAUACCAGAGGUGCUUAAAAUAUCUCCAACACCACACUUUACUUAGAAAAGGAAAACAUAGUAAAAUUGAAAAGAGCACUUUUUUUAUUUGUGGAAAAAAGAAUAGUUGCUUAGGUACUGAUGCAAAACAUUGUGUAUUUGGACGUUUGCCUGCUGAUAGUGUAUGUGAACAAAUAUGGAUUGGUAAAAUUACAAAUUUGUUUUGUCAUUUCAGAAUGUUUUGGUUUGUAUUUUAGCAGGUUUUAAGCAAGGAAUCUUUUUUAAAAGAAGGUUGGAGAAAAAGGCAAAUGAAGUAAAUUCUGCUUAUCUUUUCUUUCAAAAAGCUUGGCACUAAGUUAAGAAAAAAUCUCAAAGCCAGAAUGAUAAACCCAGUUCAGAGUCCGGAGUUUGGUUUGGGUGCUAUAGUACAUAUGUGUUGACUGGGGUAUUUAACACUGCUAGAAAUGGAAAAUAAAUACAUAGUUCUAUAGACGUAGAAUAGUCUUGAUACAAUGUGCUUUUUGUCAUGGUGUCUUCUUGUUGCUCCAGUUGCCUCAAAUAGGACUUAAAAAAGGGGAAAAUCCAAGCUCAAUUCAUAUCAUAAACAUGCAAUGGAAAUGUCAGCCAAGAAAACACAGAUGCAACAUUUCUGUAUGAUGAACUCCUUUGAACUUCUUGUUACAGUGUCAGUGGUAAUCAGCAGUGCACAACUCCCUGUUCCUGUCCUUUAACAUGAUCUAUCACAUCCUGUAGUGAUGUAAAAUACCAGUGGUGCACUGGUGUAAUACAAGUAGCACUUAUUGCCCUUCGAAAUCUCUUUGAUAUUUUUAGCAUUAUUUUGGCAAUGAAAUAGAUUUCUGUCAGGACAGUAACGUGUUUAAAAAUGAGCAGAUAUGAGCAAGGUUAAAAUGUAUCCUGUACUGUUGCUUAUUCAGUGUGAAAUCCAGAGUGAGUGUCUUUAAUCACAGCUUCUCUGGUGGGAAUUUCAGACAUGGUGUGGUAUACAUUUUAACAAAGUACGCUGCUUGGCAAAUUAGUUGUAUUUUUACAAAGAGAAAUACGGCCUCCUCAGUCUAAACCACAUGCUUUCUGCAACAGUUAGGAACAGUGAGCAUUCCUCUUUUUAUCAUGUCUGUUGAGGUCAGAAAACUGUCCAUGUUAUAAGCCAGAAGAACACAGAAUGAACAAAAACAAAUAGUGGGUUCAUUUUGGAAUGAACUGCAAAUGCAGUUACCAGACUUUUUUAAAAGAAAUAUAGUCUGAUUUUGUAUUAAGUGUAGUCCAAAGAAUAUAAGCAAUUAAGAUAUGUUUUCAAUGGAAAUUCUGAACCUGUUUCACCCUUUUUAGUGAUUGUUUUAUCCAAAGUGGUUUUGUUUAAUUCUUGUCAUUUAUAUUUGCUGCUUUUGUGGAAGUGACAUAAAUCUAUACUUUUUCACGAACAUUAAAAAUUUUAUCCUCUGGGUAUCUGAGAGAUGUUUCUCAAAAGAAAUCACGUUUUUACUUCUAGUAAGAAAUUUACGAUAAGCCUUAAAAAGCCCUAGUACAAUUUCAUGAAUCAUAGAAAAAGUACAAUAAAAUGCUCCUAAAAUGUGCUGAAGCAUAGAAUAUGAAGGAUGAAUAAGAGAAUGAAAAAGAAAAAAAAGAGUGAUAAGUAAUUAUACUAACUACUGUAUAUGUUCUCCACAGUAAACCUCAUAGAAUAAGCAUGGUAAACCCCACAAACUGUAAAGCUGUAUUAAAAAGAAACAACAAACUACUGUAGGUAAAUGCUUUUUUACCACUUUUGUCUUUGGCAGUGGAGUUACACAUGAAUGCAAUAUUGAAAAAUAAAUGAGACAGCAUAAAUGUCUUCUUAUUCUUCCUCUUCCUCUAGGCAUAAGCUUAGAUGUGCUUCCUAAUAAUUAGAUGGGAAAUUAAAUGGGUACUGCAGUUUCCAACAAUGCAGAACUCAUGUUUAGAUGUGGAAAACUUUUUUUACUCCUGGAUUUGUUGUCAGGGGUAAGAAAGUGUUAAAACAACUUAAUUUAUCUGCAUCCCUUAAAUGUGAAUCUGUGAAUAAUUUGAUUGAUUUUACCACAGAUACAUCAGUAUUCCUUAGGUGUAAGACUAAUGGAGAAAAGCCCAGCUUUAAGUGACAGGGCUCCAUAAUAUUUUUUUUAACAAAUACAUUGUAGAUAUAUCUGUUACUCUCUUAAAUUUCAAGGUGUUUGUAUUAUUUGCACUUUUUUUACUAUUACCUGGGAAAUAAGUCUUUGUGUUUCGUUUGUAUAAGUGUUGUAAAUCAGAGUAUCAGAGGAGAAUGCUCAGACUUAAGGAUCAUGCUCUGAAAGAUGAACAAAACUCAAAAAGCAUCCAAAUUCCAAUUUUAAUUUUUACAUUUUUAAGGACUGUGCUACACUUUUCUAUCUCUGGAAAAAUGCUUGUUACAGUAUAUACAGUAAACAUUACUCAUAUAAUAACAAAAUAAAUUCAAUUGGAACUUGGAAUCUUCAGAAUUUUGUAAACUAUGAAAUCAUCAAAAUAUAAGAAGACACUCCAAGUGUAAACAAAGUGGUUUGUCAAUGUGUGGGUAAAAUGACAAAGGAGGCUCAGUCUGUUGUUAUGAGUCAGAAAGGGGCAGAAUCUUCUUUACUGUGUUUCAGUGAACAUACUAUUGUGUCACUCAAAACAAAACUGACCUAGAACAUGUCAAGAUACCAUGCUGCACUCUCUGUUUUUGAACAAUGAAUCAAACAUUUUUAAAUUAGUCCCAGUCACUGUUCAGAUGAUUAUACAGGGAGAGUGCAAGUGUACACUCUGAGUACUACAGCUACUGUAACUCCUUCUACUUUAUAAAUGACACUAAACAACUGAAUAGGUUCCAAAAUUGACAAAAAUGUGUACUUGAAUGUGAGCAAUUUAAUACUAAUGUAACAUCACAGCUACACUACUCUGAAAUGCAUACAUAAAUAUAUGACAGUGUGGUUUGAUAGCUGUCAGCUACAGUAUGUUUUCAUAUCUCUACCAGUACAACUUGUAGCCACUUAAGUCUGUCUUGUCAAUGACAAAUAUUGGUAUGGUUCAUAUUGUGUGUUCAGUACAGGGGAUACUUUCUUCACUGUUCAAAUGAGGCCUAAUUACACUCUGUGCAUUUGUCAUGCAUUAGUAUUUAAACAUCAAAGACGCAAAUUCACAUUCACAUAGAUACCACAACUUCUCUCACUGUUUACACUUAAAAAUCUGAUUGUGAAGUUGUUUUUCUGAAGUAAUAGUUUUAAGGGACUUGUCAGUGUCUCCCAAUAAACUGCAGUAUCCUUUGGGAGAAAGGCUGCAGUAUUUUAAUCUGCUUUUAAUGUAAGCUACUGGAAAACACUUUCGAGGAAGGAUUGCAGUUAUUUUGCAGAUUGAAAAUACUUUUUCACAAAAUGUUCUUUUCUAAAGAACCCACUUAGGAUUUUCAGAAAUAUUUGUCAGACAGCUCUUUUGCUUUGAAUGUUUCAAGGUUGUACAUGUUGCAAAACUGUUCUCUAAGCUGGGUGGUUACUGCAAAGUAUUAAUGGUGAUUUAAACUGCAUGGUUCAAGGAAACUGAUGGUUUCAUUGAUAAUUUUGUUUUCUUAUUUAUGACAUUUUUGGAAGGAAUAAUUUAAAAAAAUAAAGAAGAACAUGAAAUAAGUAUUGCUUUGAAAAUGUUUACGUUUGUUAAUUAAGAGAUGUAGCUCAUGAAUUGAUCUGUAGCCAUUGUUCUUAUCACCAUUGUCACAAUAGCAGAUAGAAAGCAAAUGCAUGAGCAUUGAAACUUCUGUGUUAAAAUUUGGUGCUGAAGGGUUUUUCUGUUCAUUCGUUCAUUUUUUAUUUUUAAAAAGGCACUUUGUGAAAAAAGUUUGUGAUUGUAUGUAUCUGUAGAGACUUGUGUUGAAAGGUGAACUUAAACAAAUGGUUUGUUUGUUAUCACAUGAAUGAGUGCUAAAUAAAGCCACAUAGGAUUCUCAAA